AACCCAAACAGUUCCCUUGAUGAAAAGAGCCCUUGGCAAUGCAACUAAAAAAGGCAUUGGUUCUACAUAGUGAUGGUCGUUACAGAACGUAAUAGGAUUUAAUAACACUAUUACCACGUAGUAGCCGUCACCGUUGUAAUAGGUUACAACAAACACCCUAUUAUUUUUGUCACGUAAACAUAACAGUUACUUAGUAAACGGCUAUCUGAGAAACAGUCUGGAUCUGUCACUUCUACCCAUCACCCUAUUACAAAAACUACGAGUAAUACGGAACGAACGGUGUGUCACUGACACUGGAUUCGUUACGUUACCGCUGUCACUAUAUUUGAGUUUUGUCACGUCAUUCACACGUGAUUCACAGACCAUUCGUGUCGUGUUAUGACACGAAAACUUCAAUGCACUUGCGUUCUGACUCUGAGGGCUACUAUCGUGUUUGUGCAUUUCAAGUUGGUUAUUGACAGUUCUAACCGUAUUAAUAGUUUAAUAGUAGUGUUUUGGACUUUUUCCACUAGUUUUAUACAUUAAUAAAAUUGUGUUUAAUAGUUUCACUCAGUUUUUGUAGUUAAUAUCUUUAAUUUUGUGUGACUGGUGUGUGAAACAAAAUGAACAGAAAACAGAAGACUAGUUAUUUGUGGUCUUACUUCACAACUACGGAUCCCGUAAGUAAAAUUGCUAGGUGCGAUUUAUGUGGUCAAUUGGCAAGUUUUAAAACUACAGUUUCUAACCUUAGAAAGCAUUUAGAAAGAAAACAUACCACUGUUGCUUUGCCACCGCCAGGAGGGAAACACUUACCGGUAUCAAAUGUGGUUGAACCCCUUGCUGUUCCUUCUUUGGCCUCUACUUUAAACAGGACUACAUCGAACACCAACAUUGCCAUGCAGAAUGUAAAUUCUGACAACAUUGCCACUAAUAGUUCAAUGUGUAAUAUUGUACCAAAUAACCAACCAAGCAUUAGGUCCUUCAUACCUCAGCAGAAAAAAAUUAGUGAAACCCAAAAGAAGAAACUAGACAAGCUCCUCUUAAAUGUGUUUGUUCAAGAUUACCAACCCUUUUCAGUAGUAGAGGACGAAGGUUUUAAAAAGUUCGUCAAUGGUCUAAAUCCAAACUAUGUUCUGCCAAACAGAAAAACCAUUUCAUCUUCUAUGAUACCAGCAGAAUAUGAGAUGUGUUUGAAUGCUGUUCGACAAGAAAUGCUAACAGUAUCAAAUGUUACUUUGACAACUGACACUUGGACCUCUUCAAACACAGAGAGUUAUAUGGCUCUAACUUCCCACCACAUUUCUAACGAUUUUGAAUUAAAAUCAAUUUUACUUGAGUGUUCUGUCAUCAGAUCUUCUCAUACAAGUGUAAACUUGGCGGUAGAAAUAGACAAAAUUGUAAAAAAAUUUCACCUUGAAGGCAAAAUCAUGAUCAUUGUCUCUGACAAUGCCAGUAAUAUUGUAGGGGCUAUAACUAAUGAACUAAAACUAAAACACUUCGGAUGUUUCGCCCAUACAAUUAAUUUAAUUUUGCAGGAUGCAUUGAAGGUUUGUCAGAGCUUAACAGAUCGCAUAAAAGCUAUAGUUUCUCAUUUUAAAAGAAGCACUAGUGCUACAGAGAAGCUAAGGGAAGUACAGAAAAAUUUGGGACUGGAACCCAAAAAACUAGUUCUACAAGUAGCUACAAGAUGGAACUCAACAUUUUAUAUGUUGCAAAGAAUUUCAGAGUUGAAGGAUGCUGUUAAAACGACAGUGGCUUUAAUCAAUAAAGAAAUUCCAGUGCUCACCGAAGAUGAAUGGAAGACUUGCUCCGAAUUGGUAAUGGUUCUGGAACCAUUUGAAGAAGUAACCAGAAAUAUCUCUGGGGAAAAUUACCUUACAGCUAGCCAAGUGAUUGGAUUUAUCAAUGGACUAGUUUCUGUCUGCAAUAAAAUGAGAAAAGAAACCCUAAGCGAAGUCUCCAAACGUGUAGUUGAUGAAUUGCUCAAAGGACUAAAAACCAGAUUUUCUAACAUUGAAAACAGCAAGACUAUAGCUUUGGCGACGUUGUUAGAUCCACGUUUCAAGCUUGCAGUAUUUUCAGAUGAAAAAUCAGCUGGAUCCAUAAAAACCUACUGCACUGAGCUCAUGUCAGCCAUAUGGAGCAAGAAGACAAGCACUUCUGUGACGUCUGUCAGUGGAAGUCAGGAAAAAGACGAUGGAAAUCAGCCUCUUACAAAACAGGCAAAGUUUUCUAUCUGGGCAGACCUUGAUAAGAUGAUAGCAUCCAAGAAACCGUCAGGUUCAAAGACAUCUGCUGCAAUUGUUGAAAUGAACCGUUAUUUAGACGAGGAAUGCAUCGGACGCUCAGAAAACCCACUACUGUGGUGGAAACAAAAUGAAGUUUUUUACCCUCUGUUGUCACAAGUUGUAAAAAAACAUUUUUGUGCAGUGGCAACAUCGGUCCCCUGUGAGAGAUUAUUCUCAAAAGCAGGAUACAUAAUUACAGAACGACGUACCAGAUUAUCAGGGAAACGAUGUGAACAACUGUUGUUUUUAAAUGCUAACAGAUAUUUAGUGCAAUAAGUUUUUUUAGUUGUUCUUAGUUUAGUUUUCUUAUUAUAUGUCAGGCAAACUGUGUUAAGAGCUGUUGUUUUAUAAUGCCGACAUAUUUUUAGUACAAGUUUUUUUAGUUGUAUAUUUUUACUUGCAUAUUGUAGUUGUAAUAUACUUUGUAUAUUUUUUCAAUACGUUGUAUCUCAUAAAUUACAUUCUAAAAGGUAUUGGCUUAUCAACUUUAUAGCCCUGGUUUAAGACUUAAUAGUAACUUAACUUAAGUAAAUUUUAAAUGACACACUAGUUCAUAAGCAAUUUAGAAUUACGAAUAAUAAUAUGUUUUAGUAUUGCAACUCUAACCUGUAAUUUCAAAAAUUAAGUUGAAUUAUCAGUGUUUGCGGUGACGGGUGUUUGCUGAAGUUACGAGAGCUACGGCUGUAACGUAACUGUCACCAUUAAAUAAUAUGGUGACAGUGACAGACCGGCCGAGCGCGAGCGGAGCCACAGCGCCAGGCGGAGCCGGAGCUGUCCCGUAAUAGGUGA